UCAUUCAUAAGUAUUUUCUGUUAUUGCAUCCUAUUGAACAUAAUUAGUAUAUUUGGAAAUUAAAACUUGGUUAAAUAAUUUUAUAAAAUGGCUCAACUAGUUAUUUUUCGACAAAUGCUGAAUAAAACAGUGAAACAUCAAAUGUGCCGCAUGAUCACAAUUCAUCAGUCAGCUAAUUACCAAAUGCGAAAGGAGGAGGAAACAAGCCGGUCCUUGCAAGAAUCUAAAGGGCGAACUGAUAUAUCCACAGAUGUAAGGCCCCUAGGUGAAAAAAUUAAGGAAAACACAAAAACCGCCAGUUACACAGCGAUAAUUCUCGCUGGUAUUGGGGUGACAGGUGUAAUGUUUUAUGCAAUUUUCAGGGAACUAUUUUCAAGUUGUAGUCCGAAUAAUAUAUACUCCGAUGCUUUAGAUCUCGUAAAAGAAGAUCCACGAGUCCAAGAUGCACUGGGUGCUCCCAUAAAAGGGUAUGGCGAGGAGUCACGUCGUGGCCGCCGUCAACGUGUCGCUCAUUCCACUUUCGAAAGAAACGGAGUACUACAUGUCCGCAUGCAGUUCUAUGUGCAAGGUAUACGCAACAGAGGAACAGUACACUUGGAGUCACGUCAAACAUCAUCGGGGAAAAUGGAGUAUCGUUAUUUAUUUAUGCAACUUGAUUACUACCCUCAUACAACUAUUAUUAUUGAAGAUAAUCGUGCUUAUGAUCCCAAACCUGCGUCGGCUGAUAUUCCCCUUGAUUCUGGAAAUCUAAAUUUCACGUCGUUUCAGAAUAAAUGAUAACACAUGUUCAGGACAUAAAGAUGUGCAGAUGAAGAAUUUUAUUAAAGUUCUAUAUUUUAUAAGAUACCACAUCAAUCAGUGUAUUCUUAUAAUUUAUCCAAAUUUUAGCCAGUAAAGAUCUUAAAAAGA